ACACAAUACAGUCCCUCUUCAGUUAUUCUAACUUCUUUUAAGAUGACCCAAUUUCCACUAUUUCUCUUACUCUCAACACCCUCACCCACAUUUGUUAUCCUUUGCCAGUUACCUCAGGGAGCCAUAGCUCUGCCUAUCCCCCCCUCACCCCAGGUAGGAUGAAUGGGCUUUUCUAGCCCCAGAUACCUUGCUUAAUACACACCCAGCACAAGUUCUUGUUCAGAUAGGACUUCAAUUUGGAGUCUCUUAGGCUAAGUGGUCCUUAGGAGCUUGCAGACAAACUAGACUUUUUCUUUUCUACUUUUAGUUCUUUUCCUUGAGUCAUUCUACUCCUGCCAUAGUUUAGGUUAGACCCUCUCACUAGUUUGCCUCCUCCCUAGCCAAACUUUGCCCAAGCCUGGUAUCAAUAAGGAACCCCAAGAAUUUUUCUACCACAUCCGACUUUGAUUAAGAAUGUCCAUCCUAUGUCUAGCACUGAUUACCUGUUCUCAACCAAAUCCAUUUGGGGUAUAUAAUCUUGUCAUCUGAAUCCCAACUUUGAGUCUGUUCCCUCCCUAACACAUCUCCCUCGCCCUUCCUCUGGGUUGAGUUUAUUGCAUGCUGGGACAGACCUCUUUAUAUGGCAAUUCUGUGUGUGUAUGCUUUGUUUAUUUGCCUGCUACAUGACAUAACAAUAAAGCUUAUGUGAUUGUAUCAUUUCCCUAAGGACUAAUUUAAAAACAUUUUUUGAACCUAGGUAUUUGCUUUUUAACAUUGACCUUGAGAGGUCAAAUAAAUGCACAUUUCUUCAGCCAUAGGAACAUUUCAGCAGAGGAAUCCUAUCCUACCACAAUAUAGCCUCCCUCUUCCCUGCCUCCUUUCCAUUCCUCCUCCCUUCCUCCUCACCUUCUACCUCACCUUAUCUGCUGGCUCUUCUCUUCCUGAGAGACCAUAGGAGUCAUCUUUCAUUGCCAGUCUUUCAUUUGACCCUGACACAUCAUCUGCUCCCUUCUAUCCUCCUACUUCCUUCUACUCUUUCAUUUGCCUUUACAUUUCUUAACCGAGGUCCACAGAAAUCACCAAGUCACCUGUAGGUGGUGUACCACCAGGUUCCAUCUGGGUUCCAGCCUUCGCUGUUAUUUCCUUGUGAGCCAACUCUAAGAAAACAAGAAUGCAGAAAUCAGAGAGUCAUGGAAGCCUCCAGAUGAGAAACAGAGUGACAGGAAACUAUGAACAAAGAAUAUCAUCAGGUUCCCAAGAAAAACAUAGAUCUGUAGUACACCAAAACAAGUUACUACCUUCCAAGAAUUCUCCAGAUUCUGUAAGGAAACCUCACCCUCGACCAAGUGAUAAGCUUAAUCCUAAAACUAUUGACCCGUUUGGUGAUCAACCACGAGCUCCGUCUGCUUUUGCUGCUAUUUACUCUAAAGGAGGUAUUCCUUGCAGGUUGGUACAUGGUUCAGUAAAACACAAAUUACAGUGGGAUUGUCUUCCUGAAACUCUUCCAUUUGAUCCUCUUCUUAUUACUUUAGCAGAGGGACUAAGAGAGACUAAACAUCCAUACACAUUUGUUUCAAAAGAAGGUUUUAAAGAAUUACUUUUGGUUGAAGGUGCUACUGAAAAAACUGUGCCCCUGUUACCUAGACUGAUUCCAGUAUUGAAGGCAGCUCUGACACAUUCAGAUGGUGAAGUGUUUGAACGGGGAUUGAAUGCUUUAGUACAGUUGAGUGGUGUUGUUGGGCCUUCUCUAAAUGAUCAUCUGAAGCACUUGCUUACAAGUCUUUCAAAGAGGCUAAUGGAUAAGAAAUUCAAAGAGCCAAUCACCAGUGCUUUACAAAAGCUAGAACAACAUGGUGGAAGUGGCAGCCUUAUGAUUAUCAAAGCUAAAAUUCCAACCUAUUGUUCCAUCUGCUCUUAAACCAAAGGAAUGAUAAAACCAUUUGACUAAGUGGUGAGAGAUGUCAGAAGCUUGUGAUGAACAUCAUAGGAUCCCUUUUGGAUGUGUUUUUUUUUUUUCACAGCUACUCAUUUGUUAUUUACAUGAUAAAAAUGCAUUCACAAAAUUGAUUCCACUGAAUCAUAGUCAAGGAGCAUUUGUCAGCAUGGGAAAAUGGUUAAAUUAUGGAAAGCUAUUAAAAGGAGUUCUAUAGUGCAAUUUUGUGGGUUUUAUUAUGCACAAUUUUUUUUUCUUCUAUAGUUGGUCUGUAUUAAGAACCACAAUUUAAUUUACAGUUUCAGACUUGAUAUUUAUAUUUCAUUGAUUUUUAGUUAUAUCACUUAAGUGAUUGCACUAAUUUUUCAUAACUACUCUGAUACUUGGUAGGGGUUUUUAGACCUAUCAGAGUCAUAGAAAUUAGUAAGAAUGGUUAAACUGUUUAGUAUCUUAACUCACUGAUAAAUUAUUGCUUACAAACAGGUAUUUUUAUAAUGUUGGAAUGCUUGGUGAAAACAUCCAGAACAUGAAUUUUUCAAAUAGUGUACAUUUUGUUAUAACAUGUAAAUUAUUAUCAUAACUUGCUACUAUUGUAUAAUAUGUUAUUUUUUCUAUUUCCUCAGCUAAAAGAAAUGAUUUACAAAUUUGGAUAUUUAAGAAGUCAUCUCUUGAAAUUUGUAUUCACAUUUUUUUUAGUACUACUUUGUUAACCUUUUUUCCCCUUAAAAAUACUUAAUAAAUAUGUUAUUGUUCUCA